UUCGGCGGGGGCGGGAGGCAUCUCGGGAGUUGUAGUCAUUCUCACCCGGGCACAGUCUUUAAGUUUGGAGCCCCGUCGCCAGUGGAGAACUACCGCGGUCCGCCUUCUGCUCAGGGCAGCUUUGAAGUGGCGAAUGCCGUCAGGCAGGUUGUCUGGAGAUGUGCAGAGGCGGAAGCCGAAUUCGAAAAUUACCUUCCCACUUUAAGAAAAACGAUUUUUUUGAUGGAUCACUGCCCAGAGCUGAAACAGAUGGCAGGCAUAUUGUCUAUAUAUCUAUUGGAAUGAAGAGCAGGGAAACAAAAAAUAACUACACUGGCUAUCUUCACAACCCUCCACUUAAAAGGAAUUAGAAAGUGCAGAAGAUUGGAGGUAUUUGCCUUAAGCUCAACAUGAGACUAAAGUUGGAAGGUUGACCAUCCCCUGAAGGUCUACAUUCCAAUUGCUACUGUGUUCAGUUAAUAUCAAAGAAGUGAAUAUAUUAAAAAAAUGUGAAUAAAAUUUUACAACAUUUUCAUCAACGAGAUGAGAGCAAUACUCUGGAAGCUUUUUUUUGCCAUGGAGACUGUUCACCUCACCCACGUAACCCUCUCUUGACUAUUUCAAUGACUGAGAGUGGGGUUUUUAUCACUCCUCACUUUAGACUGUCAGCAGAACAAGAACAGAUCAAAACCAAAGCAAACAAAACAAGAAAACUCAGGUAUGGAGAAGGCCAUUCAAUCCUUUGAUGCUCAUAUCACCAGUCCCCUGCUGGCCUGUCAUGACAUCCAGCUGUAAGCAAUCAAGAUUAUUACGUAUGGUGUUUGUUCUAGUCUGACACACAUGCUGAUCUUCUGACGCAGGAGGCAUUGUCAAUGUACAAGUGGCUAUCGGAUUGGAAGUCGGCUUGAGGAAAUAGCGGUGGGAAGGCAGAGCCAGUCCAGAAGACGACUUGCUGGGCUCUGGGGGAACCGCGGAUAUGAGCGAUAUAACCAUUGUGAAGGAAGGAUGGGUGCAAAAAAGAGAAUGUCAACUUAUGAAAACAGAACGACCAAGGCCAAACACAUUUAUAAUCAGAUGUUUGCAAUGGACCACUGUUAUAGAGAGGACCUUUCAUGUGGAUACUCCUGAAGAAAGGGAAGAAUGGACAGAAGCUAUUCAAGCAGUAGCAGACAGACUUCAAAGGCAAGAGGAAGAUCGAAUGAACUGUAGCUCCAGUCCCAAUCUAGAUAUUACAGGGGAGGAUGAAAUGGACACUUCUCUCAGUCAUCCCAAACGCAGAGUGACUAUGAAUGACUUUGAUUAUUUAAAACUACUGGGAAAGGGCACUUUUGGCAAAGUGAUUUUAGUCAAGGAAAAGGCAACUGGGAAAUAUUAUGCAAUGAAGAUUCUAAAGAAAGAAAUUAUUAUUGCAAAGGAUGAAGUGGCGCACACCCUUACAGAAAGCAGAGUAUUAAAAAACACUAGGCAUCCAUUUUUAACGUCUUUGAAGUAUUCUUUCCAAACUAAGGACCGUUUAUGUUUUGUCAUGGAGUAUGUGAAUGGUGGAGAGCUGUUUUUCCAUUUGUCGAGAGAAAGAGUGUUCUCAGAGGACCGCACACGCUUCUAUGGCGCAGAAAUUGUCUCGGCUCUAGAUUAUUUGCAUUCCGAGAAGAUUGUGUACCGAGAUCUCAAGUUGGAAAACUUGAUGCUAGACAAGGAUGGGCACAUCAAAAUCACAGAUUUUGGACUCUGCAAAGAAGGAAUUACAGAUGCUGCUACCAUGAAAACAUUUUGUGGUACUCCAGAAUACUUGGCUCCAGAGGUUUUAGAAGACAAUGACUAUGGCCGUGCUGUCGACUGGUGGGGUCUGGGUGUUGUUAUGUAUGAAAUGAUGUGUGGCCGACUACCCUUUUAUAACCAGGACCACGAGAAGCUUUUUGAAUUGAUCCUAAUGGAGGACAUUAAAUUUCCCAGAACCCUAUCAUCUGAUGCAAAAUCAUUGCUGUCGGGCUUGCUUAUAAAAGAUCCAAAUAAAAGGCUUGGUGGAGGUCCAGAAGAUGCAAAGGACAUCAUGCAGCAUAGUUUUUUUAGUGGAAUCAACUGGCAAGAUGUUUAUGACAAAAAGCUUUUACCUCCUUUCAAGCCUCAGGUUUCAUCUGAGACAGAUACAAGAUAUUUUGACGAAGAGUUCACUGCUCAGACUAUUACAAUAACUCCUCCUGAAAAAUAUGAUGAGGAUGGUAUGGACUGCAUGGACAAUGAAAGGCGACCACAUUUCCCCCAGUUCUCAUAUUCUGCCAGUGGAAGAGAAUAGGACCAUAUUUGUUUUUCUGCUGCUCAGCUGUUGUCAUGGUGUAUCACUGGAAAUCAUUCCUGAACAAUUUAAGAGUUUGAGCUAUACUUGAUUUCAGAGUCAGGGCAUCUUCAGGAAUCAUUUCAAGUUGAAUGUUUUCUGCAUGAAUCUAAAUGUCAGUCUGAAGAUUCAAGCUGUUACCUCCUACUAUUUUGACAUAAUUGUCCUGCAAAGAGUAUUUUUAAACAAAUGAAGUCCUAAUAGGAUGUAUUGUACAUGAUGCAGCAUUUAUGCAUUUCAGCCUCCAAAUGGAACAGAGUUUUAAUGGCGGCUGAAGAAGACAUUAGGCAAAAUUUCACAAUUAUGAGAAAAAAUUAAAUUCAAGCAUUUGAUGCUAUUUGUGUACCUUAUGUUGUAUUAAUUUCUGCUGUUCAUAGCAAGCAUUUGUUUGUGAUGUAUGGCAAGUAUGCAAGGUUUUUGUUAGACAUAUCACUGACAAAACAAGUUGGUAUCAUUUAUAACUGGCUAACAGUGGGAAUUUGUGAACAGUUGCCAGGACACAAUCCCUGUCAAUGUUGUUAAUGUUUGUACCCACCCAUGUAACUGAUAGCUUGACUUAGUCAGUCCAGCAGACUUGUUAUAGAUUUAUCAAGUGCAAUCACUGAUUUUGUUUUUACAACUUUGAUGGAUGGAUACUUUGCACCUCCGCCUGUACAUGUUUUAUGGUGGCUGAAGAAUGUAGAUAGGCAUAAUGUUCAGAUUUAUGCUUUUCACCAAAUUUAUGUGGAUAGAUUAUUUGUUUCACCCAGCCUCAUUUGGCAAACUGCAAUAUUUGCUUAUAAACUUGUGGACUAGCAUUUUUUUUCCUGGUGUUAAUUUUGAAUUAUACACGUUGAAUAUACACGUAGUAUUUAUUUUUAGUAGUAAUUGUUUGUUUGUGUCAGAUAAGCUUCACCAUCAGUGAACAGUUAUUACUGGAAGUUUAAAUAUGAUGGUGUUUGACCAACUUUACAGUGCUAGUCUGUUUUGGAUUUUUUUGUACUAGGUUUUACAAGCUGUCUAUCCAUUAGAAGGUGUAACUUUGCUGAGCUUGCCGGUUUUCAGUUGUUUGCGAAGUCUAGAUCAUCAAGAAUUCAGUUUGCAAUGACCGUUCCAGACUGAGUAUGCCCUCUUGUACUGCAGCCAUCUUUGGACAACAGGCCAUUCCUGUUUGAUUGUGAAAAUUCCAUAGCUUUGCUUUAACACUAAUCCAUUUACUGUCACAUUCCUGUGGCAUUUUGAAUCUAAAUGCUUUUAUGACUAUAACAUAUGUAUUCACCUAAUUUGCAGCAUCACAAGGUUUACCACUCCUUGUUGAGGCCAUCCAAUACAGUAUAUUGGCAAGGUGACAAGGGGGGGUCCACUACUAACUGCAGGGUCUAUAUACUACACCUCAAUGUACACACUUUGCUGCUACUAUUUGUACUGUCUAAAACAGAACUUCCUGUAUCUGCUAUCUAGUGUAUUACAGAUGAGCAUGAAAAAAUGUAAAGUAUUUAUUUUAAAUCCUUAAACUUGUCAUUAAUUUUGCCUCUGUGUAGUGUAGGAUUUGUGAAAGUUCUUGACCUUGCUAGUUCUAUCAUUAAAUCCAUAAAGAUCUAGUCAUACGGUUAAGGAUUGUGAGCAGAAGGGACUAAGGACCUUAGUGAACUGUAUUACUGUCUGUAAAACAUAACUGUUUAUUUCCUGAAGUAUAUGACCCACAAGGAUGUGAAAAACUGCAAUGAAAUGUUUUUGUACACUCUACAUCCUUAGUAUUUUUACACAUAAAUGUAUAUGAUAGGGAUGCACAUUAUUUUCCUUCUUACAGACUGCUUAAAUAAAGUACUACAACAAUCCAGUCUUGGGUUGUGUAGUCCUACUACUUACUAAUUUUGGUUGUUUGCCUGUGUCUGUCAAUUUGGCAUCAGGAUGUGAAAUGCUGCUCUAGUCAGUUGGGUAAAGUUUUGGAUUGAACC